AUGCCGGCGAUGGUGAUCAGGCAAAGCAUACAUAGGUAUGGUGAUGAUGCCAGCGAUGGUGGUCAGGCAAUCAGCAGACAUGCGACAAGCAUACAUGGUAAUGGAGACAGUGAUGGUGAUGUUGAUGAUGCAACUAAGUUGGUCGUCGUUGAUGGCUUUCAAGGCCAGAAAGUUGAUAUCCUGCCACUUUCAACAGUUAGAGCAGCUGGAUCUAAAGCACCCAGGAUUAACUCUGGUAAUCUUGGAUUUGUUACUGAUGUUAGACGGAUGAAUGUUUCCGGCCAAACUUUCUUUAUGGAUUUUGGGUAA